UCGUAGAUCUGGUUACCCAUGGCUACAAUAAACACACCGGCAAUGUGUAUACUUCUCUGUGCUAUUUACUUCCACAACACAGCAAAAGCACAGCUCACAUCCUCCACGCACUAAUGAAAUAAGUCAGAGCUCGCCUAAUUACACAACGUACAAGAAGCAAGGGAUUUCAACAUUGGAACUUUAUCCCCUUGUCUUGUUUAAGCAGACGCUGGAAAUGGGCAGCAAACAGAUUCCGUUAAGGCGGGUCACUUCAGCCGGGUAUAGGAUGCCAGACAGACCCAAAACAAAGCUGACAUCAACUUCAUCCGUGACGCUGAGCCACGUCGGGACCAAACAUUCCCCUGUUCUGUCCAAGAAGGAUGAGGAGCAGCAAACUUGGGGGGAUGCGGUCAGGCAGGACCAUGUAUGGAGAGAGUUUGUGGAAGCAGAGAGGAGAGGCGAAAAAAAUUGGCAUGAAAAUUGGAGCUUCCUAAAGGAGUAUGAUGCACUGGGCAAUAAAAAAGAAGUCGAAAAGCUACCUGAACAAGUGGCAGUUUUCUCAGACCAAGUGCCCAAUACCACCAAUCAGAACAUUGGGAGCAGAAUGAACACAGACCUGGGGAAGAGCCUCAUACACAUGGAUUUCAUUCUGACCAGUGGAAAUCAGAAGAAGAAGUUGGGAACAGAACUUCUGCCCUGUUAAUCAGAAGCACAUUGGACUGAUUACUUAUUAACAUAACACUGCAAUUACUGGUAAAAGGUCACAAAUGUCUAUAUACCUCAGCAGAACAUUUUCUACACAUGGUUUGAAGGAAACAUGCUAGAAUUCAGCACUGUAAGCAAGAUAGCAUCAGAUGUCCUUAAGGCAACCUCUAAUACCAUGAGCCACAGUCUUCACGUUUUUACGGCUUACCUUAAAAUAAGGUGAAACAGAUCAGCUCCCAGAUUAUCCAUUUUUUUUAUUAUUAUUUUUUUACUAAAAACCUGAACAGUGAGUUCUAGAAAUUGGGAGCUGUACAAGACAAGUCAGAUUGAUCCUUUUGUUUAAAUUGGCUAAAUACAUUUCAGGUGAAUCAAACCAAAAAGGUGA